AUGGUGUGCUUCACAUGUGGUGUCUACGGUCAUGCCCCAGAUGCAUGCCCUACGACGAUCAGAACGCAGACAGUACAGGUUGAGCCGGAAGAGCCCUGCCCAAACCAGGUGGGAGCAGCACCGUUUGGAGCUUGGAUGAUCGCACCAGGUAGGAAAACGAGAGCAGGCAUGAGAAGACCGCAAAGGGGACAGGUGGAGGGGCAGAAGGGUGGAGUUGGAAAUCGGGAGGGUGGCGUUACAAACUCCAGAUUUGGACCGUUAAUGAUACAGGGGGACGCCGGGGAGAAUUUAGAGGCAGAGGAGGUGAAUUUGGAAGCAGAAGCUGCGAACGGUGAGAUGCCAGUGAGUAAUGCCGGCGAAGUGGAAAGGGAGGUUUGGGCAGCCGCACCGAACGGGGGAAGAGAAAGACGACCAAAUGUCAUCGCAAAUGAAAGACAAAUCCUCAAUGAUCACAAUAGGAGGGAGGAGCCAAGGCAGCGAGUGGAGGAGAGGCCGAUGGCUAACCGGAGUGGAAGCCAAAGGAACAGCAGGAGGCAGACAGAUGGAGGAAGCCAUGCGCAGAAUGUGGGUGAAUGUCCAGGACAAAGCAGGGUACAUAGGAGAGCAGCAGAGGAGGAAGAGCAUGUGGUAGUAAGAGGAUCAAAGGGGGGACUCAAUAUCUGCACUAGAACAGUUAAUCCGGACCUACAGAUUGGUUGUGAUUCACAGUUGAAUCUUGAGAAUACAGGGGAGCACCACUCGGAUGAGCCGGACAGUCUCGACGAAGACGGUGAUGCCGUCAUGGAGGUGGAUGAUGCCGCGGAGGGAAGAGCUGGGGGACGUAGCGAGAACCGGGCUUUGAUUUGGAAUUGUCAGGGCGCUGGAGGGAGAAAUUUCCAGCGAAUCCUUCAAACUCUUCUGAAGAAUCACAAACCAGAUCUGAUUGGCUUGGUGGAGCCUAGAGUUUCGGGUGACCAUGCUAAUGAUAUCUGCUCUAAGCUAGGGUUUGAUGACUGGGUCCGAGUGGAGGCUAUAGGUUUUAGCGGGGGAAUUUGGGUUCUUUGGAAUAAACCUUUGGAAAUUACUGUAGAGUUUACUCACCCUCAAUUCAUCUUAUUGCAGGUCAAGGAGCUUAGUGGUCCACCAUGGGUGCUUGCAGUGGUGUAUGCAAGCCCGACUCAACACCUGCGACGACGCCUUUGGAGCGCGCUUAGGGCGAACCAACAAAAUAUCCUUCACCCUUGGCUCGCCGCGGGGGAUUUUAAUACAGUAACUUGCUGCAACGAGACUCUCAACUACACCGCAUAUAAUGCACACCGAAGUGCCGAUUUUGUAGAUUGGAUUCAGGAGGAAGGCUUGGUAGAUUUGGGUUUCGUGGGACCGCAACUGACGUGGGUCAGAGAAGCGGAUGCUACUACCCGUAAAGGGGCAAGGCUCGACAGAGCGUUAUGCGAUAUGCCAUGGCGACAACGCUUUCCUGAAGCCGAGGUCAGGCACCUGCCACGUAUCGCCUCUGAUCACACACCACUCCUUAUUCAGACGGAGGCUAAAGGUGGCAGUUCCACGGAUUUCAGGUUCAGAUUUCAAGCAGCGUGGAUGACUAAUGAUAGUUUGUCGGAGGUGGUAAACCGAGCCUGGCACCCCAAUGAAGAUAUAGUGCAGAACAUCCAGCAAGUGCAAGCGGGUCUAACGGAAUGGAACAAAAAUGUGUUUGGUAGCAUUGAAGCGAAGAAAAGAAUUCUUUUGGCACGGAUUGGGGGGAUCCAAAAGAUUAACUCCAAUGCGCGCCAUAAGGGACUUGUCACGCUAUAA